CCCUGAAGUUCCUGUUUCUGUUUGAAACAAAGAAAGGAGUCAGUUAAAAAGGGGGACAGACACACACUCAGUAUUUGGAAGAGGAAAAGUGGGGGAACCCUUACACUAACUAACCACGCAGUGGACCCCCCUUAUCUCUCGGAAAUGGAGGCGACCAGUUUAGUGAUUGACCAUGAGAUGGACCCAAGCCUCCAUACAGACAGUGGGGAAGAUGAAGGCAGUUCAGAGCAUGAUGUUUCGGGAGCCAAGAGGAAAAGAAGGGGAAACCUCCCAAAGCAGUCUGUGAAAAUCCUCCGGGACUGGCUUUUUGAGCACAGGUUCAAUGCUUACCCAUCAGAGCAAGAGAAGUUGUGUUUGUCUGGGCAAACCAACCUCACGGUCCUGCAGAUCUGUAACUGGUUUAUAAAUGCCCGCCGGCGCGUUUUACCUGAGCUGUUGCUCAAGGAUGGGAAAGACCCAAACCAAUUCACGAUUUCACGAAAAGGCGGGAAGUCACCAGAGAUGCCUUCACCAAAAACACCUACACCUCUGCCUAGCGUCUUGGUGAUGCCCCCUACAACUGCCAAUGCUCUCCCCGCAAGGAUAGUCUCCGUACCUCUGCUGUACCCCGUAGCACAGCCUGUACGUAACUUGGCAACCGUUUGUCAUGACCUCAUUUUGCCAAAUAUGGUUCCCACCAUCAAGACUGAACAGAGUGGCGCAACUGUAUUACUGCCCAAGAAACGAGCCCGGAGCCCAACAGAUGAAUUUGUCAACACACCACCCCCUUCACCCUCACCUCCUCUGCUGUUCGGAGGGGCAAGUAUUAGCAGAUUAAACAUUCUGGCUCAAGUGGCAACAAUGUACAUGGCAGAAAUGGAAGCUGAAGAGGCAAAAAGAGAGGCUGCCCGCUCUGCUCUUACUGCAUUGUACAAGGCUGCACCAAUCCCAACCAGCGCCCCCAAUUAGAGUUGUGCGGAAUAAAGAGGGGGUCAUACUCCUGAACUUCCCCUUGUUUGGACUGUUUUGUGGGGCACUUACAAUGGAUGCUGGGGAAUAACAAGGAUUUAAACAUUUUGUGACCAAGAAGGACAUUCUGGCCCCAAAGAUGGUGCCCACACAUGGCUUCCAUGUCUGCAAAGAAUGCACAACCCUUGUUAUGACAUUCGGGGGAUCCUUUGCUGCAUGUUGGAUUGGAAGGUGAAAGAAAGGUCCAAAUAUAUUUUCACAUAAAAGAAACUUUAUCUGUUUACAUUGAAUAUUUAUCCCCAGUGUUUCACUUUGCUUGUUCGGGGGUGAGAUUGGGAUAAGGGCAAUAAGGCACCUUGGGGGCAAGACAGUUCAGUUGACAUCUCCCUUACUCCUUCCCAGCAAAGUGCACAGUGCUGUGUUAAUAUGCUGCUACCCCCUCCCCUUUUGUGCACUUUAUAGGUCAAAAUGGCCACCAGAUACGCAGCAUGCUAUGAACACUGAGUAUCUUUCACACCACUACAGCUGGAUUUCCAGAGUCGCUUAGACUGCACACAAUAAUUGAGCUGAGUCUGUCAUACUCGGCACCACUGUACACAGUUGUUUGGUAAUUACGCAAGUGUGCUUAAGGGGAUGAGAUUUAUGUUGAUGUUGUUGACUAAUCCUCAUUAAAUGAACUUCCUUUCUGACACUGUUUGACAACAUUGGCCUCUCCAGCUGUUCUGGAACGACUACAGCUCCCAGCAUCCCAGAGAGCAUGUUGGGAGUUGUUGUUUUCCAACAGUUAGGGUGAUAAAGGUUGUCUAAAAAUGUUACGAGUUUACCUUUAUUUUUUUUUUUAAAUUUUAUUUUGAACUGUGAAUAUGUAGUAAAUACCGUGUAUCUAUUACUCCGUAUGUAUAUUAUCCAGUAUUUAGUGCAGAGAAGACGAACUUGCUCUCUGACUUUAUGUAGACUGGAAAAUGGUACAGAGGAAUGUUUUAGUUCUUUUGUUGCCUUACAAUAUAUGUCAUUUAUUGCCUUCUCAGCAGGGUAUAUAUACAUCUAAAGGGAUUGGGGUGGGAAGUAUAGGGUGCCAAUUAAUUUUUCAUGAAGGCACAAUUUAUAUUCUGCAUAUAUGAGGGAACUGCCCUAUUGCUUGCAGCAUUUUGUAUUGAACAAUAUCCUCUUGACCAUUAGGGGAGCUAUUUUGUUGUGUGCAUGUGAGAAGGAGCCGUCAUAUUCCUUUCUACAGCAAUAGGCUGAAAUAACAGGAGCAUUGCUAGUUAUGACUAGAUGGUACUGUUGUCGAUGCAGAAACAGAUAGUAUGGCAGCUCCCAUUUAGGCAUAUAUGGCAUUCUACGUUAUUUGGAAAUAACUAGAGGAUGAGCCCUGACUAUAUAUUAUAUGUUUUUUUACCUUUUUAAAAGGGUCCAUUAUCUGGAACUGGUCCAUAAAAUGGUUUCACACUCCAUUUUCUUUGCAUUCCUUUUCUUAGGGCAGUGGUAAACAGGGAGAUUUGGAGCUCACUGCUUUUAGUAGCCAGGGGACCAGAAUUGCCUCCAUUCAAAGCCAGCGAUUUCAGGCUUUUGCCAUGCCAUUGCCCUUAUUGCAGACUCUAUGACAUCAUGCAGUUCUUGCUGCUCUUAUUAGGGAGAUGGGACUGGGGUCCCAUAAUACUGAUUGCUAGAUCUAUAGCAGAAGUAAUAUUGCAACUCCCUUACAUGAUAAAUUUAGAUAUGCUAAGAAAGGCUGUCCUUUGUCUGUAACAAACAACCCACAUUCGUUAUUGUCUGCCAUUACCCUUUCAUAACAUUGGGGAAUCGUUUUUAACAGUUCACUAAAAGAAGGCUUCCCAACAUUAGACAAGGGAAUCGGAGUGCAAAACUACAGCUUCGAAGUGGCUGCUGGGAAUUGUAGUCCUACUAUAGCCAGAGAGAUGCAGGCUGCUCACUGGGUGCAAGUGAAGUCAUAAACCCAGUCAUUGUACUUGUUUUACUCCCUAUUGGCCACUAGAUGGAGAAUCAUUGCCACAAAUGAAGCCUUGUGAUAAUUAAGGCUUCAAGUAAAAUUUUAGCCAUGCAGUGAAUCUGGAUUAAAAUGGCAGAGCUUUUAUUGAGCGCUACAGUUCCACUACUACAGACUAGUGGCAUUGUUCUGCAUCUCUAUAAAGUGAAUGUUAUGAGUCAAGCCCCUCUUGCUCAUUGGGAGAGAAUGACUUGUGCGAGACUAAGGCAACUCAUUUCCAAUGUAUAAGGGAACAUAAUCCCCAUGUCUAAAUAGGCUGUUGAUAAAAAUUCUAUGUCAGUGCAAUGUCUUUAUUAUAAUAACAGGAUGGAGUAGAAUAGUUUGCAUUUUGGAUCAGAAAGGAACAAGUCUCGUGAUUCCAUUGAAAUUACCUCAAUUUUUAAGAAUAAACGUUUUUCUCAAGCUGUAAAGUCAUUAAAUUAUAUAAACCAGGAGAUCUUUAGGCGUAAGGUGACCGCAAGUAGCACGUGUUGCCUGUGAAUCUCAUUUAUUGGUUUUUAUGGUACAAACUGUAUGAAUGUUUUAACAGAUUAUUUCUGUGUGCAUUUUUUUAAAAUAUGAUUUGUAAUAAAAUAAACUGUUUUGAAAAGCUAAAA